GUAGACCUCGGCUUAAACACGACUCUUGAGGUCAACUGCACAUUUACGACCGACCCACCUUCUACCAUUGCCGCCGUCGUCUCUCUAAUCUUGUCGAAGUCAAGGGCCGCUAACCACAACCUCAUUGAGCUGGCGUCUCUCAGCCAAUACAGCGGGCAGCAGGUGAAUCUGUUUACGACGGGUGACGAUGUCACAGCCGCAGGCAGCAUCAGUGGAGACGGCGUGUCCUACCUCAGUCUAAGCUGGGCCUCUCCUUCUGACGCGGAUGCUGGAGUUUACACCUGCUCAGCACAAGGGAUGGACACGGUUGGACACAUUAUUGUUGAAAAGGACGCGGCGCAAGUGUCCUUAAUUCAUCUUCCCACUGACCAACAACCAUCGGACGUCCUACAAGAACUUAAGGAAAACUUUCAGACUUUAGAGAAAACUUAUGAACAAAUAUCGCACGAAUCUUUAUCGCAAAUCGACCAUCUCAAUAGCACGUUAUCAAACAACCAAAAUUUCAUAAAGGUUUUAGAAACAAGAUUCACCGCAAUGAAAAGUUCACUUUUUGAAGUCCCGAUGACGUACCGUAACAGCAGCUACUUCCUGUCACGUCACAACUGGAGGAACUUGAACAACGCAAAGGCCAUGUGUGAGCUGUACGGUGGCUACCUUGUGGAGAUAGAUGACGAAGGCGAGUUCAUCGCGUUGUCCGCGUUUUUGAACCACUCCACGGGAGUGGAUGGAAUCCUGACUGGAGGGACGGAUCUUGAGGAUGAGGGCCGUUACGUGUUCCAGGAGAGCGGGGAGCCGAUGGUUUAUCAGAACUGGGCCAUUUUGGAGCCCGAUAACACAACGACUGAGAACUGCAUAGUUCUGUGGAAAUAUCGCGGUUGGCAGAUGGCAGAUUAUCCAUGUUUUGAAAAUAUUUUAAAUCUCCGAUUUGUUUGUGAA